AUGAGGCCCAAUGGUGCAGCCGCGGUGUCCGUGGGGCUGUGGGUCUUGGUGACAGUGAACGUGGUGGCGGAACCGGGUGUGACCGAACCCAGGCGCUGCUCCCUCUCUCACUACCGCUGGUUGGACCCCAGGGCGCUGGAGGCGGUCAAGGCGCUGAGGGACCACUACGAGGAAGAGAUGCUGAGCUGGAGGCCGCGGAACUGCUCCUUCCCGCCCACGGAGGGUUCCCCCUCCCCGCAGUCGUGCGCACGGCUCCGCCUGGUGGCCCGGGGCCUCUCGGACGCCCAGGCCGUGCUGAGCAGCCUGCCCAGCCCCGAGCUGUUUCCCGGCGUCGCCCCCACCCUGGAGCUGCUGGCGUCCGCGAGGAGGGACGUGGUGGCCUGCCUCGAGCUGGUGCGUCCAGGAAGAGACUUGAGUCCUGAGUCCACGGGGGACGCUGACCCCACGUCCCAUGGGCGAGGCUCUACUUCUCUGGGUACCAGCAGCCCAGAACCGAGUCUCCAUGGCAGUUCCCACGCCCUGGUUUGA